AAAGCAGCAGGUCAGGUACCUGGCACAGUAUUUGAGGGCUGCUCCUCUGCCUCAUCUUUGCUUGUCUCUUGCACUCAUAGAUCUACUAAUUGUGGGACUGAGAGUGUGCUGAAGUCAGGGGAAAACUCUCCUUUCUUUGCACAGAGCUGUAACUGGUAGAGGAGACCAAGCACAAAGGACAUUGCAUUUCAGUGGCAUGAAGGACAGAGCUGACUUGAAAACAGGUGACUGAUUCCUUAGAUGUACACCUGAUUCCUUCCCCUCACCAUCUGAUAAAACAUCAUUUAUCAUGAGAACAUUUCUUAAAUCCUGGAUUCCUCAGUGUUUGUGGAUUCUCAGGUCACCUUCCAGAACAUUCCAUGGAAACAACAGGCUUCUUACAUUUCAGAUUACUUCCCAUUAUGAAUCUGUAAAUCAGGGUAAAAAGGAAGUGCCAGAAUAUUUCAACUUUGCAAGUGAUGUCUUGGAUGAGUGGGCACGACUGGAAAAGGAUGGCAGAAAACCAGCAAAUCCAGCUUUUUGGUGGGUCAAUGAUAAAGGAGAGGAGGUGAAGUGGAGCUUUGAGGAGUUUGGCUCUCUGUCCAAGAAGGCAGCCAAUGUCCUUUCUGAGGCCUGUGGUUUGGGGAGAGGAGACAGAAUUGUGGCAAUUCUGCCUCGUGUUCCUGAGUGGUGGCUCCUGAACGAAUUGUCCUUAUUCCAGGAACAUCCCAACUAACUGCCAAAGACAUCUUAUACCGACUCCAGGCUUCAAAGGCCAAGUGCAUUGUUACCAAUGAUGCCCUGGCACCUACAGUGGAAUCUGUCCUGUCUGACACCCAGUUCCUGAAAACCAAACUCAUUGUAGGCCAGGGGAGCAGGGAUGGGUGGCUGAACUUCAAAGAACUCCUUGCGGUUGCAUCUGCUGACCAUCAGUGUGUCAAGACAAGAAGUCAAGACCCAAUGCUGAUCUAUUUUACCAGCGGAACUACAGGCUUCCCAAAAAUGGUGCUGCAUUCCUACUGCAGUUACGGCAUUGGAUUUGUAACCACUGGCAGGCAUUGGUUGAAAUUGACUCCUUCAGAUAUAAUGUGGAAUACCUCUGACACUGGCUGGGUAAAAGCAGCUUGGAGCAGUGUUUUUGCACCAUGGAUCUGCGGAUCUUGUGUCUUCAUACACAAUAUGCCACAGUUUAAACCAGAAGUUAUUGCAGAGACUCUCUCAAGAUAUCCCAUCACCACCUUCUGCACAGCUCCCACUGCCUUCCUCAUGCUGGUCAAACAUGAUGUGAGCAGGUACAAGUUCCCAAGUCUGAAGCACUGUGUAACUGGAGGGGAAGCUCUCAAUCCUGAAGUGUUUUCCCAGUGGAAAGCCCAGACAGGGGUGGAUAUCCAUGAAGGAUAUGGCCAGACCGAAACAGUGACAAUCUGUGCCAAUAUGAAAGGAAUGAAAAUUAAACCUGGCUCUUUGGGAAAAGCUGUUCCCCCUUAUGAUGUGCAGAUCGUAGAUGAGCAAGGGGCUGUGGUGCCUCAAGGAGAAGAGGGCACCAUUGCUGUCCGGGUGAAGCCCAAGCGUCCCUUCUGUCUGUUCUCCGAGUACUUGGAUAAUCCAGAGAAAACUGCUGCCUCUGUGCGAGGAGAUUUUUAUCUCACCGGGGACAGAGGUGUUAUGGACAAAGAGGGAUAUAUCUGGUUUGUUGGAAGAGCUGAUGAUAUCAUUAACUCUGCUGGGUACCGCAUUGGCCCCUUUGAGGUGGAGAGUGCAUUGAUAGAGCACCCAGCAGUGGUGGAGGCGGCUGUGGUCAGCAGUCCCGACCCAGUGCGAGGGGAGGUGGUCAAAGCUUUCGUUGUUUUAGCUCCUGCUUUUGUAUCACAUGAUCCAGAAAAAUUAAUUCAUGAGCUUCAACAACAUGUCAAGAAGGUGACUGCACCAUACAAGUAUCCAAGGAAGGUGGAGUUUGUUAAGGAGCUGCCAAAGACAGUCACUGGGAAAAUCCAGAGAAAGGUUCUAAAGAACAAAGAGUGGGCAAAGGUGUAAAAAGAGCAAGAGUGAUCUGGAAAAUGUGGAGAGAAACUCUCCAUCAUGUGUGCCAGCAAUAAUACAAGACACAGAGCGGGUUGUCAUGACCCAGAGAAGAACAAGAACAUCAGGGGAAAAAAACUGUGGAAGAAAAAGGAGAAAACAUUCUUGAGGAUAUGUGGUAUUGGAACCAUUUUGCCAUCAACCUACAAACUUUCAAAAGGAAGGAAAUGCAAGUGAUUCAAACUGUGGAAUGGGAGAAAGACUCAGGUGCAUACAGAGGUCUAAUUUUUUUUACUACAGUUUGUAUAAACAUUUUCCUUAAAAAAAAAAAUGGGUGAAACUACAUUGCUUUGAGAAUUACAAAUAAAUGAGAAAUUAAUACGAAGGUAUGUUUGUCCUGAGGUGGGUAUCAGCAAAUAAUUAACAUCCAAAACCUACCACUGUAACAAUCUCAAACUCUUUCAGUGCUAAAGGGAAAAUGCAUCUCUUUAUAAUUCCUCUUCAUCAUGAUGAAUUUGUGAUGUACUUAAAUGGUUAAAGUUGAGGCAAAAGAAGACCCAAAAUGCUUUAGGUUAACGUGCAAAUGACGCACAAUUAACAAUGGUGUAAAUGAUUACAAGAAAAAAAGUUACUCCACAGAAAGAAUUCUGCUGCUUGGUCUGUUUUGUGCCACAUUCUGUUCUCAUUACUCCAGAAGAGGUGAGCAAUAAAGUCAGAGGGGUUUCACUCCAAAACCUUUAUGAAGGAGUUUCCAGGUUUCACAUCUCCAGGGAACAGCUGAUCUUACAGUGCCUCUUAUGGGAAACAUGUCCUAACAGGUGAGUGAAAUAAAUGAAGAGGAUAUCCCCCUGCAGCUCCUGAUCUAUCCUGUCCACAGCAGAAAGGUGAGGAAAAUGUUAUUUAUCUGCACUCUUUGUGUUGGUGAUCACUGAGCAAAGCAAAUGUUAUUAAAUCAGGAAUAAUCAUUUUUGAGUCUCACUCCUCAUUCUGAGAGCUUUGCCAUUACUGAAUCUUUUCCUCAGUUUCCUGUAUUCAUUUUCACCUCUACAUUUGCAGAUGAGAAAGUGCUAAAAAUUUGAAGGUUCUCAUAGAA